AUGGCCCUCAUCAUGGAGCCCGUCAGUAAGUGGUCGCCGAGCCAAGUCGUCGACUGGAUGAAAGGUCUUGAUGAUUGCCUGCAGCAAUAUAUAAAGAACUUUGAGAGAGAGAAGAUUAGUGGCGACCAGCUACUACGCAUUACUCAUCAAGAACUGGAAGAUCUUGGAGUCACACGAAUUGGCCAUCAGGAGCUUAUCUUGGAAGCAGUAGACUUGCUCUGCGCCCUGAACUAUGGUUUGGAAACAGAAAAUCUAAAAACCCUUUCUCACAAACUGAAUGCAUCUGCCAAAAAUCUGCAGAACUUCAUCACUGGGAGGAGGAGGAGUGGUCACUAUGAUGGAAGGACCAGCCGCAAAUUACCGAAUGAUUUUCUGACAUCGGUAGUGGAUCUGAUUGGAGCAGCUAAAAGUCUGCUGGCUUGGUUGGACAGGUCACCUUUUGCUGCUGUCACAGAUUACUCAGUGACAAGAAAUAAUGUCAUACAGCUCUGUCUGGAACUAACAACAAUCGUACAACAGGAUUGCACAGUAUAUGAAACAGAGAAUAAAAUUCUUCAUGUGUGUAAAACUCUCUCUGGCGUCUGUGAUCACAUUAUCUCACUCUCUUCUGAUCCGCUGGUUUCCCAGUCUGCCCACCUUGAAGUGAUCCAGCUUACAAACAUCAAGCCAAGUGAAGGGCUGGGUAUGUACAUUAAAUCAACAUAUGAUGGUCUCCAUGUAAUUACUGGAACAACAGAAAAUUCACCUGCAGAUCGGUGCAAGAAAAUCCAUGCUGGGGAUGAAGUGAUUCAAGUUAACCACCAAACUGUGGUGGGGUGGCAGUUGAAAAAUUUGGUGAAUGCACUACGAGAGGAUCCGAGUGGUGUUAUCUUAACUUUGAAAAAGCGACCUCAGAGCAUGCUUACCUCAGCACCAGCUUUACUGAAAAAUAUGAGAUGGAAGCCCCUUGCUCUGCAGCCUCUUAUUCCUAGAAGUCCUACAAGCAGUGUUGCUACACCAUCCAGCACUAUCAGCACACCUACAAAAAGAGACAGCUCUGCCCUUCAGGAUCUCUACAUACCCCCUCCUCCAACAGAACCUUAUGUUCCAAGGGAUGAAAAGGGAAAUCUCCCAUGUGAUGAUGUUGGCAGACAUAUAGUGGGCAAGCCAGUUCAUACAGGAUCCGAAUCUCCAAACUCAUUUCUUGACCAGGAAUAUCGGAAACGCUUUAAUGUGGUUGAAGAAGAUGCAGUUUUAUACUGCUAUGAAUAUGAGAAAGGAAGAACAAGUGGUCCUGGAAGGAGAGAGAGCACACCAACAUAUGGGAAACUAAGGCCUAUUUCUAUGCCAGUAGAAUAUAACUGGGUGGGGGAUUAUGAAGACCCCAAUAAAAUAAAAAGAGAUAGUAGGAGAGAAAAUUCAUUGCUUCGCUAUAUGAGCAAUGAGAAAAUAGGUCAAGAAGACUACAUGUUUCAAAGGAAUAGCAAAAAGGAUACUGGGAAAAAGUCCAAAAAGAAGGGAGACAAGAGUAGUAGUCCAAGUCAUUACUCGCUGUUGCCUAGUUUACAAAUGGACUCACUGAGACAAGAAGUCAUGGGCACACCUGGACCGGAAACUGCUUUGUACCACACAUUUCAGCAGUCUUCUCUACAGCAGAAAAGUAAAAAGAAGAACAAAGCUCCUAUUCCUGGUAAAAGCAAAAGACGGAUCUCAUGUAAAGAUCUUGGUCGAGGGGACUGUGAAGGCUGGCUUUGGAAAAAGAAAGAUGCCAAGAGUUAUUUCUCCCAGAAAUGGAAAAAAUACUGGUUUGUCCUGAAGGAUACAUCUCUAUAUUGGUAUAUCAAUGAAGAGGAUGAAAAGGCGGAAGGAUUCAUCAGUCUACCUGAAUUUAAAAUUGACAGAGCCAGUGAAUGCCGCAAGAAAUACGCAUUCAAAGCCUGCCAUCCUAAGAUCAAAAGUUUUUAUUUUGCUGCUGAACAUCUAGACGAUAUGAACAGAUGGCUAAACAGAAUUAACAUGCUUGCUGCUGGCUAUGCAGAAAGAGAGAGGAUCAAACAAGAGCAAGAUUACUGGAGUGAGAGUGACAAGGAGGAAGCUGACACUCCAUCAACACCCAAACAAGACAGCCCACCACCCCCAUACGACACAUACCCACGGCCUCCUUCGAUGAGCUGCGCAAGCCCUUAUGUGGAGCCAAAACACAGCCGACUCUCGUCCACGGAGACCUCCCAGUCGCAGUCGUCACACGAGGAGUUUCGCCCGGAGGUGGCGGGGAGCGCCACCGACUCGCCGGUACGCAAGACGGCGAGCCAGCGACGCUCCUGGCAGGACCUCAUAGAGACGCCGCUGACGAGCUCAGGACUCCACUACCUGCAGACGCUGCCACUGGAAGACUCUGUGUUCUCUGAGGCGGCUGUGGUCUCCCCCGAGCACCGGCGGCAGUCAACCUUGCCCACCCAGAAGUGCCACCUGCAAGACCACUAUGGCCCCUUCCCCCUUGUGGAGGGUGAGCGGAUGCAAGUGCUGAAUGGGAAUGGGGGAAAGCCUCGAAGUUUCACUCUGCCUCGGGAUAGCGGCUUCAACCACUGCUGUCAGAGCCUUUCAGUCGGUGCCGCCGAUCACCACGAAGAAGCGCAGCAGAAGGAGGUGGAGGAGGAAGAGGAAGAGGAAGGCAAAGCAGCAGAAGAAAACCAGGAAGAUAAAAUUGAAACUAUAGAGGAAAAAACGGCACACUCCUUGCAAGAUUUGUACAGAGCCUUGGAGCAGGCCAGCCUGUCUCCUUUAGGAGAACACCGGGUUUCCACUAAGCUGGAGUAUAAGAAAUCUUUUAUAAAGAGAUGUAGUGAUCCAGUAGUCAAUGAAAAACUGCACCAGCUGCGAAUUCUGAAAAGCACUUUAAAGGCCAGGGAAGGAGAAGUAGCCAUUAUAGAUAAAGUUCUGGAUAAUCCAGCUUUGACGUCUAGAGACUUUCAAGAGUGGAAACAAAUGUACCUUGAUCUCUUCAUGGACAUCUAUCAAAGCAGCACCCCGAGGGACUCUGUUAAUGGCUCAUCUGAGGUUGAUGCACUUAUAGCCUCCUUAGCACACACUCACUCUUACAUUGAAACGCAUGUAUAA